AUGUGUUUCCCCAACAUCAUAAGCCUCUUUACUUGCUGCACUUCUUGGGAAAGAAGUCGUCUUGGUAUUGGAUCCGCUCUUCUCUCACUUCCUCAAUCUCUCAAACGCUUGUCCACGCUUCACUCUGAUUUAGUCCCAGUUGGUGAAGACCAAAAGCAGCAUCUAGAAUUGACACGAGAGCUUGCUGAACGUGUUAAUCACUUAUAUGGUGGUAGAAAAUGGAAGAAGUUGGGAGGACGUGGUGGUUUGAUCUUUAAGGUUCCUGAGCCCUUAAUUCCUCCUGCUGGAGCACGGGUGAUGUCACUUACGGAUGGUCUUUCUAAGAUGUCCAAGUCUGCUACUUCGGAUCUGUCUCGUAUUAAUUUGCUUGACUCAAAAGAUGCAAUUGCAAACAAGAUUAAGCGUUGCAAGACAGAUUCUUUUCCAGGCUUGGAGUUUGACAAUCCGGAUAGGCCUGAAUGCAAUAACCUUCUUUCGAUAUAUCAAAUCAUCACAAACAAGACAAAGGAGGAAGUCGCGCAAGAGUGCCAGAGUAUGAACUGGGGAACUUUUAAACCUGUUCUUACUGAUGCUUUAAUCGAUCAUCUCCAACCAAUCCAGGCUCGAUACGAGGAAAUUAUGUCUGAUACAGGUUAUUUGGACCAAAUUUUGGCAGAGGGUGCAAGCAAAGCUGCAGAUAUAGCAGAUGUGACUGUUAGCAAUGUAUACCAGGCAAUGGGAUUUUUAAAGAGACGAUAACCGAUAACGAAUAAGCUAUAUCUUGGGAUCGAGAAAGACACUGUACGGUUCAUUAUUGUCACAAAUUUUCUAAUUACCUGGCUGAAGGUUAAUUAGCAUACAUGUUCACAUUCUUUUAUGCAGUUAUAUUAAUGUGUUUAUAUGUUAAUAACGAGUAUCAAAUGUUUAAAACAGGGUAUUUAAAACAUUCUUUUAUGCA